AUGUGGUACCUCCUCUUUCUGCUCUGCUCCCAAGGAAUUGCCUUUUCAGCAGGAAUCACAGCACCCUGUACUCUGAGUGUAGACACAAGCUCAUGCAAGAAAACUCGCAACCCCAAAUGCUUUAUGAAUGUUAAAGAUACAACCUGUAUCAGCCUUACAAAAAAUGACAAAAUAUCUCCCAAAAGAGUGAAAUUAUCAGGUAUCAUGGAUGAGAUAGGAAAAUAUGAUAUUCCAGCAGAGCUGUACUUCAUCAUGAAUAAAACUGGACAGAAGGAUGUCUAUUAUGUUGUUCACUCUGAAGGCGCAACUGCAGGUUUCAUAGCAUUUUCUACUUAUCCUGAGUAGUCUCAGAAGAUUAAAGUAUUCUUUGCUUUGGGGCCAGUAACCACAAUCACACAUGCUACCAGUCCUAUGGCAGCAUUUACACAUCUACCCCCGUCACUGAUCAGGUUAUUUCUUGACUGCAAUGGAGUUCUUCACCAGAAUGAACUGACAAGAGGACCUCUAACAUGCUUCUGUGGAUCUCUGGGUAAAGUUUGUGGCAGUAUCUUGUGUCUCAUAGCUGGGGGCAGGAUACAAAAUCUGAACAUGAAUCGAAUAGAUAUAUUUAUAGGACAUUACCCAGCUGGAACAUCAGUACAGAACAUUAUUCAUUGGCAUCAGCUAAUACGUGCAGACCAAUUUCAAGCUUACGACUAUAGCUCUAAGGAAAACAUGAAGAAAUACAACCAGACUGCUCCUCCGGUGUACAAGAUAGAGAAGAUAACUAUACCAACUGCUGUUUGGAGCGGAGGGGACGACACAUUUGCAGAUCCAAAAGACAUGGCAAGGCUACUGCCUCGGAUUAGUAAUCUCAUUUACCAUGAGCAUUUUCCUGCAUGGGGACAUCUUGAUUUCCUCUGGGGCCUUGAUGCAGCUGAGAAAAUGUACAUAAAAAUCGUUGAACUACUAAAAAAACACCCUUAA